AGACAUACGAGACUCAGGACGUGGACGUGCCCGUGCGGGUACUCGUCGACCCUGGACGCACCCUCACCUCAUACAUAACCCACCCCCGUCCGAGCUGGCCCGCCGCAGCCCAAUCUCACUUUACCUCCCUUCUUGAAAUACCACCCACUGCCUGGACGCCCCCGCCCUCGCCGACGUCCUCCUCUCCUCUCCUCCUCCUCCAGCUGCCACGAACAAGGCGAGCCUGGACAGACAAACAACAAACGACUCGACCUCUUCCCGGCACGCCGACAACUCACAUCGGCCAAGAUCCAGCCAGUCGACCGUCAUCAGUUCCGUCGUGUGCCUGCCCGUCCGCUCCAAGCCUGCAUUGCGACACGCUUGCCUCGCAUUGGCUCUGCACCCAACCGCCUUGCCGAAUAGGUACAGCACAGCGCCCAGAGCCGCCAACCACCAACAGUAACAGCGCGGCACCACCACCACCACCACCACCACCACCUCCACCACGACGCUAGACGACUACCACCACCGCCCACCACCGUUCGCUCGCUACUGGAACGCUGCGCCGUCGUGAUUCGCCGUUCGCCCUCGCCCAGCCGCCACCCCUGUGCUCGCGCCCGCGCUCCAGCCCGUCUCUGGUGUGCUGCAGGUGCCUCUGUGCUCGCACGCACGCACGCACGCACGUACGCAGUCCCCGCUACAUUCUGGACCUUUGACGGGCGCUUGCGCUCUGUGCCGUUACUGCCUCGACCUGUCGCUCGCUCCCCAAUAUUGCCGACCUUCGGGCACCGCGCGCCUACCACCACCGUCGCUGACCAUUGAAACUCGUCUGUCAGCACGACCCGACGCUGCCACACCCCCAAACUCGACAUCUCACGACUCGUGCACCGCACCUGAUAUCCCCCAAAACGACCCGGCCACCUGACACCACUCUUGCGCCGCCCGUCUCGCAUCCAUUCACCAUCGACAGCUCAGCGCUCUUCACUUAGCAUCGGACGCUCCCUUACCCCCGCGACGACGUGUCCUUCGUCUUGCGCUCUUCUGUUCCCCGCGCGUGAGGACUGUGCAAGAGAGCUAACUAGCCCGAUAACGCCCUGGCCUGCAAGCAACUGGGACGAGUCGACUGCUCGCCCACGCACGUCCACGCCCGGAACACGGCGACUUGUUGGCGCCGAUAGCCCCAGGAGCCUUCUCUCCUGCGUCUUCGCUGAUCGAAAAUUGAUCGGCCAGCCUCAAUAUGAGUGCUGCAAUCGCCAUGGCCCCGUCUCCGGCUCCUCACGAGAGACCGUCCUUUCCGUCCGAAGGACCCUCGACAGCCACGCCCGCUGCCGCUUCACAGGCUGCUGGUCAGGCGCCAUCGUCUGCGCAAAGGACACCGGGGACCGCGUCGUUUUCCGCGAGUGCCAGCACCAGCGUUGCGCCCAGGAAGCCGGGUGGGAGCAGCAGCCCCAAGGGUGCUGGUCCCUCUGCCCUCUCCAAGUCUUCUCCUCCAGGAUCCUCUCGACUCGAUGCCAGCCGACCGAAGAUUGUUGUCAAGAAAGAGCCUGGCUCCCCAACGCUGUCACACACUAGGCCCAGGCCGCGCCGAUUGGAUCUUUCCAAGAACACCGUCGCCGCAUCCAAUAAUCCUGCUUCGGCCGUACCUCUCUCGGCUCGCGAUGGGCUGGGCAUUCAGGAGGUUGGAAUCGCCUGCCUGUCGCCAGGCUUCGUCACGCAAGAUCCGGUAAUGAAAGAACAGCUUCAGCGUAGCAUGUCGGUCCGGGAACAGCAGCGCAACAUAAUCGAGGCACGUCUGCAGCAGCAGUCAGCCAAGGGAGACGGACCUUCGGACAGGGACAAGGAGCCCUCGUCUCAAUUCGCGGCCAAGACUCCCGGGAUGUCGCGUAGGAACAAGGCGCCCCCUGGCCUGUCCAUCGUUGCUCCGUCCCAUGAGCAAUUCGCAAACGAAAGGGUCAUUCAGUCUGCGCCCCUCGGCCACAGCUUCACUGGCCGCCAGCACCCAGUUCCCAUGUCUCGUCACAUUGCCAACCAGCCUUCCAACCUAUCAAGUACGUCACACAUCCAUCACGUCCCAGCGAACCAGACCAACAACAGGUUACCACCGCUGAGCGACGUCUUCGGUCAGAGCGUAUCCGCCCACCCAGACAAUGCUCCUCAGUCGCUCUAUCCCGGCAACCCAAGGGCGCCACUGGCUUCCCCCGGCCAUCCUCAGCAAACCCAGCAGAUGCCGACCUCGGGCCGACCGCGCGAGUUCAAGUCCGCAGAGGAGGCACAGCACGAACUAGCCGGCGGGCGACCUGAACUGCUGCCCAAGAUUGUGCACUAUGGUGGUCACCAGCCUCCGACACCUCCAUCGCCUGUCACGGGGAACAGGCAGCCCGACGGCAACCGCAGCGCUAGCAAAAGACGGACGCGAGCAGAGUAUGAGGACGGCGGCAGUCCUCCCCUCGGAUACGGUCCCGCCCCUACGCGACGCGGUCCCUUCGGUGAGGGGCGUGACACUCCCGAAACCCAGCGGCAAAAGAAAGACGAGUUUCUCCGCCUCUGCUCGAGAGCAUGGGACUUGUUUCACUCAUAAUUUCUCGGCUCACGGACGAAGAAGAAGCCUCUUGUUGCGAGCUAUGCGAUACGGCGAUAUCAUGAUAUGUGUUGAACGGUCAAUAGUCUUUGGCGAUACAUCAGCUACAGUGCAUUGGUGCAGAACAGCCAGACGUCGGCGGCGGCAUGCCAUAUUCUUGUUUAAUACUUAUUCACGGACAUUUUGCGCACCCGAGGCGCCAAAUUCACUAUCAAUCUGCUUUCUUUGGAACGAGUAUCUACGCGGAGCAACCGAGUGGAGUCUGGCUUUGCUGGUUUAGUUGGGUCAGUGGCGGCGGCGCAGCAUUCGCGAGACGGGAUAUGUAUUGCCGCGCCUGGUCCUACGGCGGAAUCGGCACCUUGCACAGCAUCGUCAUUUGGCUGCCGCCCUGCUGUGCCUUGUUCUUCUUCGCGGACGGGCCACGAGGUGCAGGCUUACUCGGCCCAGUCUGGCGACUUGCAUAGGGGGGUGAGUUUUCUGGAUGGUUUUGGCAGCGAGGGAUGUCACACCCGACUCAUGGAUUACGGGAGCUCUAUAUACCUGUUUGGGUCCUGGGCAUGGGACAUGACGAUGGGGACAGGAAGGGGGUUUUGGUGGCCAUGAAUUUUGUCCCGGAGUCGGUUGCCGAUAGUUGAAUUGGACAUAAAUGAAGCUA